CAUAGUCACAAACAAAACGGCCUCCCGGUUCAUUUAACGGUACAAGCUAAACUCCCUGAAGACGUCAAAGAGCCACUGCUGUGGGGCUGAACGCUCGGCUGAAAAGGAUCCUCUCUAAAGCGGCGUCUGUGGCGAGCCACCAUGGUGCGCCUGACCAUAGAUCUGAUUGCUAAAUCUAGAAACCACUUCAAAAAGAAAAGGGGCCUCUCCCUCCCACAGUACCUCAAGACACUCACCCACCUCCACUUUUUCAGCAAGAGCAUUGACGACAUUGGGGAUCUCUCCAUGUGUAGAAACCUCACCUUUCUUUACCUGUACGAUAAUCAGAUCACACACAUUUGCAACCUCGGCUUCGCCUCCAACCUCACCCAUCUUUAUAUGCAGAACAAUAACAUCACUCAAAUAGAUAAUCUCUCCAAUCUGCAGAAGCUCUCCAAACUGUAUCUGGGUGGAAACAGGAUCGCUGUGGUGGAGGGCUUAGAGACACUCUGUGAGCUCAAGGAGCUUCAUCUGGAGAAUCAGAGGCUGGCACCGGGGGAAAAGUUGCUCCUUGCCCCAAUGUCUCUCCUCUCACUGGCGGAAUCUCUCUGUGUCCUGAAUAUCAAUAACAACAACAUUGAUGAAAUCAGGGAACUGACAGUGCUGAAGGAACUCCAGCAUUUUUCUGCGGCUGACAAUAGAUUGUACAAUAUGGAGGAGUUAGAGGAUGUGUUCAGCCAUUGGCCUCAGCUGCUUCAAAUGGAUUUGGGUGGAAAUCCGGUGUGUAAAAAAGCAAAAUACAGAGACCGCCUAAUAACCGUGGUCCAUAGCCUGGAGGUUCUGGACGGCAGGGAAAUUCAUGAUUUAACCAGACAGUUCCUUAUUAACUGGAAAGCAUCCAAAGAGGCCAAGAAGAAGAAGAACAACAACAAACAUGUGAUGACGGGAUCCUUAAUCCACUUUCCCUUAACAAAUGACUUUAACGCAUGUCAGGGUCCAGGUCCUGGUUACAUCUACAGCCACGCCAACAUGCAGCAGUCUCUCAGGGCACAAAAAUGAAAGAUUCCUGCGAGCGGACAUCUCCUUCACGUGGCUGCCUCAUCACCUUGCAGUCAUGUGGAUGCUUAAGACAAACCUAUACCAGUCCACUAAAAUCUCCACCCAUGCAGGACGAACCCUGCUGCUGCCUAGUUUAACGCUCACACAUUUAACAGGACAGAGGAGAGUCACUGUCACUCAUCUAUGAUGUCAUAGCUGCAGGCACUUCAGAGACACUGCAGUAAUCUUUGAUGGAUUUUAGGUUAUUUUAUUUUACGGCAAAUAUUUUGAUUGUAUCUGUCUCUUAAAACUACAUUUCCAUAAAUGAAUAGGCUGGAAAUAAUCUGCUAGUGUUAGAAAUGAAUUAAGGAAUUAAAGAGUGAAACAAUGAAUAAUUCUGCUCAUUUCUUUUCCUCACUCUCACAGCUGGUUUAUUUCUAAUUACCUUUUUUGGGGUCUGAGGAUAUAAAUAAUCUAUCCACCUACUAGUCAGUGCUGCAUUUUCUGUGGUGUGUGUCGUUUUUCUUCUGCAUGCAUUUAAUCAAAUAAGUGAACCAGGAGAUGCAGAGUGGCACAAUCGAAAUGAUUAUAAAGCUAACAGCAUAAGCUUCUAUUCAAACAAUCGGGAU